UUUUCUCUCAUUACCAGCUAGCCAGAUGACACAAGAACUUUUCUUUUACUUCGCUGUUGUUCGACCAUAGUUUCUUCCCUCGCUUUUGUAUCAUCAAAACAAGCUCUAGCAAUUAAAAGGAAUAAUUUUAGGCUUUUAAAUCCAAAUUCGACCUAAACCCAUACUCGCCUAAGUUUAUCUUACACAAAGAAUCGCUUUAAAAGCUGCCACAUCUUAGGUUCACGUUCCUAAAUACUUAUUGGCUAAGGAUCAGAAAGAGAAGUUUAUACAUGGGAACAAGAGAGGUUUAUGAGCAAAAACUGAGAUCUGGUAAUCUCCAUUAUGACCCAACCAUCAACCCUGGCCUUGGAUCCCCUCGCUGCCCCCGCUGUCUCUCUCUCAUAGGCCCUAACUCUGAAACAGGGGAGACUAUCAACGGCGUCUUACACGGUUUCACUGCUGUGGCAGGAUCAGGAGCUGCUGCACUUUUUAGCGGAAUCCAGAGUUAUAAUUUAGGGAUUCCGUUUAUUCAAAAGCAUGUGAAGUGUCCUAAAUGGCUUCCUUUCGCUAUUGGGAUUCCUUCAUCUCUAUUGAUUUCAGCUACCAGUGCAACGUUAGCAGGUUAUGCAGUUCCUAUGUUUGCUCAGAUGUCGGUGACAUCUUAUCAUGCUGCCUCAGGUGCCUCACAUUAUGGAAUAUCACGCCUAACCAGUUACAUCGAAGAAUCACACAACGUGCAGAAGAAGCCAACCUGAUCCUGGGAAAGCUGUUUUGAAAUAAAUGUACACCAAUUCUCAAGUUUUGCAGAUGAUUCCUCUCAAAAUCGUUUUUGUUCUUUUUCAUUUUUGACUCAUAAGGUUAAAUAAAAUGCAAAUAUGCCAUAGAAAUCACCGGCACUUGGUCUCUUCACCUCAAUCCGAAUACUAACUUUUCUUUCU